AUGAAUGCAGCUAAUGCCCCUAUUCGAACUGCGGAACAGCGACACGAACUGUUGGACCUGCCAGCGUCCCUGGUGGCUCUCGAAGAACAAAUUCAAGCAGUUGCUGACGAACUUGGCAACGCAGAACUACUUGUAGCGCGACGAGGGACCGAUGUUAGACUUAAGGCCAAUUUCACUGUCCAGGUCGCCUUAGGUUCCUUGUACGAGGCUGCAGUUGAUGUGAUUCAGCAAAAGGCUGACGCGGCAUUGAAAACUGGUGCUACGCAGCAGCCACGUAACGAACAACUGCGAAAGAAGAAGAGAGAACAACUUAAAAAUAAACUAGAUACUUAUUUGAGGCAUGCUGGUAGAUACAAUACACGUUACCGUCCAGCACAGCGACUAGCUGAACCAACUUUGGACGAAGUAAUAGCGAUGGAUCUCCUAGAUCCUUUUUGGGACGAGGUAGCUCUUAAUCAUCUUGAUGAGCCUUGGGCUUCUUGCCAGAGUACAAAGGAUGGAAUAAUAGCCCUUCGUAAUCAUAUGGCCUCCGAAGAAGAGCUCCGACGUUUGGGCCGCGAAGUCCGGCAGCUCAUGGGAUGGGCGCUUGACUAUCAAGUGCGUGUGGAUAGGUCAAAGCCCAAUGAAGCUAUAGGUAGGCAGCACCUAUCACUCGAGCUCCGUCAACCUCUAAGCUCUAAUGAAAUCGGUGUUUUCUUUAUUUUCGAUGCAGGAGGGGUGCGAAUGGCCGAGUGGAAGUCCGUCCACUCUGGCAUUGCUAAAAGGACGUAUCGUUUAUGGAGCUUUUGGGAUCUAGGUUUGCAAGAGGUUGUACAAUCAACAGGGGAUUACGUCGAAGGUACUCCAGAAGAUGAUAAUCUAUUGCUCCUUGGGUGGCAGCAAAUGCGCGCUCGAACUUUAGGAACAGCAAUUUGUUGGAGUAAAUUGAGUCUGUCAAGAACUUGUCGUGAUGUAUAUUCACAAAGUACUUUCUCUCGAAGUCGAAGGUUAUAUGUAUUCAAGAUAUUCAUGAUGUGCUUUAACUCGGAGUUAACUGAGUAUGUCUCGAAAGCUUAUUGA